AUGCCAUCCACUCAAAGGUCUCCUGGGGGAUCCUCCUCCGGACGCGCCCCUCGCGGUUCUGCCUGUCUCAACUGCCGUCGUCGUAAAUUCAAAUGUGACGGCGCACGGCCCAUCUGCGGACCCUGCAUCCGCUCAAACUGCGAAUUCGACUGUGAAUAUACGGAUGGGCCCACUCGGAGCCCGACGCAGGUGCUCGAGGACAAUAUUUCUCGCCUCGAGGCGCGCAUAUACGAGCUCGAGCAUCCGGAAAUUGUUACGCCCUCUGUGACACUUUACGAUCCGCGGUCUCCGCCGCCUGUACCUGGACCGUCCAGUGUUACGGCCCAUCAGGUUCCAAAUAUGCCCAUUGCGGGUCCGUCUGGUGGACAGCCCAUGCUAGCCGCAUUCUUCGCUCCCCCGCAGUCUGUUCCCACUCUGGCCCCCAAUUUCGGCUCAGAGCCCUCCCCCGAGGUUAUAAAGAUGCUCAUCGGCCAUUUCCUCCCACGCGCGUCCCAGAUCGGGUUCUUCCUCCACCCCGCGAGGUUCAUCGCAUGCGCCACCGACCCACAUGCCUUCGCACUCGCACCAGCACUCUUCGGCGCCGUCUGCCUUUGGGGAGCGCGCUUCUCGCGUGACCCGGCGGUUCGCGCACACGAGCCCUUCUUCCUUCAGCGCGCCGUCCACAGCGUCGCCGCGGCGCUCGCUCAUCCUCCCACACACACGCUCGUGCACGCGAUCCAGGCGGAGGUGCUCCUCGCGAACUACUUCUUCACCGCGAAUCGCCUGCUCGAGGGCCGCUACCACUGCAAUGCUGCCGUCGCGCUCGUCCUGAGCUGCCGUUUGAAUAAGUUGCGUGCGGUGCCGGACCCUCCCGCGGCGGCGGUGACGCGAGGCGUCGAGCUGCCCCCGCCAGCGGACGCCGUGGAGGAGGGGGAGCGGAUCAACGCGUUCUGGAGCGUGUUCGUACUCGACAAGAGCUGGGCGGUCGUCGUUGGCUCGCCGUCGCAUUUUGAUGGGCCCCCUGGUGCACAGGUGGACACGCCGUGGCCACUCGAUAUAGAGAAAUAUGAACAUGGCGGUAUACCUCCUGGCGUUCAAGGAUCGCGCACGGCGGAGGCGUUCUUGGCGGAGGUUGUUCCAGACGGUGGAAGUGUCUCUUCGCUUGCCCGACUGGCCAAAGGUGCUGCGCUUUUUGAGCGCGCCACGCGCCUCGCCUCGCAAUGGACUCCAGCAAUGGUCUACAUAGAGCAAUUCGCUGUUGAUUUCUUCUUUUUAGACAGCGUGAUAGACCAGUUUGUCGCCUCGCUCCCGCCGAUAGAAGCAGCGCCCACGCAGGCCGACGCGCGCACUCUCCUGCUGACGCACACGUUCGCGCUGGCCGCGACGAUCCGGGUGCAUGGCACGCUCAAGCAAGCGGAGGGCGGCACGGCCCAGGACAGGGACGUCGCUGCCGCACAUGCGGCCGCCGCCGCACUAGACAGCAUCGAUCUUGCGCAGCUCGCGUUUGCGGACCCGAUCCUCGCUAUCCUGUGGACCUCGGUGUGCCGCGCGCUCAUAGGUGAGAUUGCCCGCGUACGCGUGCUCUGGACGUCUGCCUUACUGCGCGACGGGGACACAACGGCAGCAUCAGAAACAGCAGAAACAGCCGCCGCACUGGGGGCGGCGCACGAUGGCCACCUCUCCGCGCUGCAGAAAGUUCUCGACGCGAUGGCCGUGCUGGCAUCUGCGGCGCCACUGAUGGCGGUGCAAGCUGCGAAGAUCCGGCAGGAAUUCGAGGGCGCCCCGCCGUGA